AUGGCCGAUCGUAAAUCGUCAACGGCUUCCCGCGCUCCCGCUGGCAAUGGCGCAUCUACAGAAGCACCGAAUUCAACUUCAGCCACCCAGACCCCGAGCGCUUCCAAUAUUCGGUCCACGUCUCCCUAUGGCACACGUUCCCGGAAUCGUGGAUCACGCGUGAACUAUGCCGAGGAUAAAGAUAAUGAUAUGGACUACGAGUACACAACCACAUCUGCGUCCUCUAGUAAAUCACCUGCUGGGGCGGUUGCUGAGAUUGUUGUGCCCACAACUACCUCAUCCAGGAGGGCAUCGGCUGUGGGGGGAAGUGCAAGCAAGGAUAAGGAAGGGGCGAAGGAGAUCACCGCGGUAGUCGCAACCACAACAGCAACGAGUAGUAAGAAAAGAAAGAAAGAAUAUAUUGCGCCCGUAAUGCCGAAGGAUAUGGGGUUGUCAAAUAUGCUUAGCUUUGAUAGCCCAAAGUUGAAAAACGGGCAGUUAAUUGCAGAUGACGGUACAACACUGUCGGUAAAUGAUCAUAUUUACCUCGUUUGCGAACCUCCAGGCGAGCCCUACUAUCUCGCAAGAAUCAUGGAGUUUCUUCACACAAACAAUGAUCCUACCCAGCCUAUUGAUUCUAUCCGAGUCAACUGGUACUACAGACCAAAAGACAUUCAACGGAAAGUUACCGACACGCGCGUCCUUUUCUCAUCAAUGCAUUCUGAUAGCUGCCCACUUGCCGCCAUUCGUGGCAAGUGCUACAUUCUCCAUCGAUCGGAGGUCGAAGAUGUCGACGAAUUCCGCAAACGCCGGGACAGCUUCUAUUUCGAAAAGAUGUUUGACCGGUAUAUUCACCGUUACUACGACGUCAUACCGACCAACCAGGUCCGCAAUGUCCCUGAGAAGGUACGGAAAGUAUUGGUCGAUCGGUGGAAGUAUCUCUUGGUGGAACCACAAAGGGCGAAAGAGCUCUGUAGUCAAAUGAAGGAGUGCAAGCGAUGUGCAGGCAAUGAUUCUGUCCAUUGUGCAGUUUGUGGGAACACGUACCAUAUGAAUUGUGUACGACCGCCGUUGUUAAAGAAACCUAGCAGGGGCUUUGCUUGGGCAUGCGGACCUUGUAACCGAGCACAGGAACGAAAGCUUGAGCAGCGGAAUACUCCGACUUUGACGAAUUCCGCUAAUGGCGACGCUGAUGAAGAGAAUUUUGACGACGAAGAUGAAGACAUGUCCCCCGGCGGAGGAGGAGGUUGCAGUAGCGGUGGAAUUGAGACAGAAACAGCCUCCGAAUCAGCAGAUAUCGAAAGGGUUCCGACUGCCGAGCAGGCACAUUGGGCGCAAAUGUGGCCGAUGAGGUACCUUGGCCAGCAUUGCCGUGUUGAAGAUGCACUCGACCCGGACGACCGUAUCUUCCCCAGAGCAGCGUCGCGAAUUGGUCCUCGGCAUCAAGCAAACGUUAACGUAUGGCAUGGCCGACCCGUUGAAUACGUGAAACCAGUGGAAAUUAAAAAGAAGUACGUGAAAGGCGGCAGUAAGAAUGCCAAGAGCGCAGCGGCAGCGGCGGAAGCGGAAGCUGCUGCUAAGGAAAAACGGCCUAAAUGGGUUAUGGAUGAACCUCCUGGGUAUAUCAGAAGAGGUGAAGAUGAUGGAACAACUUCAACAUUACUAUUCAAGAUUCCCGAGGACGAAACGAAAGAUGAGAAGCUCCAGACUGUAGACGAAUACAUGAAAACUACCCGCGAUAUUAGUCGCAGUCUACCGGGUUCGACUAUAGCAGGUCCUGGGUGUGAUGGAUCUUCGGUAAACUUCCAAGAUAAGGCUAUUGAAUUGCUGUUUGCAAAUGAUUUUGAUACAGAUACGUCUCUGGAUUUAUUGAAGAAGGUUCAUGUCAACAAAGAGCUGAGAGAACCAAAGCUGAAGCCAGAUGAGCUGAAAAGAUUUGAGGAAGGUGUGGCGAGGUAUGGAAGUGAACUUCAUAGUGUUGCAAAAUACGUGAAAACAAGAAAAGAAGCGGAAAUAGUCAGGUUUUACUAUGUUUGGAAAAAGACCGAAAAGGGAAAGCAGAUUUGGGGAAAUUUUGAGGGACGGAAGGGCAAGAAAGAAGCGAAGAUGAAAGACAAGGAUACCGGAACGAAGCUUGUGGACGAUGUCGCUGAUGACGAAGACGAUUCCGCUUUCGACGGUAAUAAAGCCAUCGAUAAAAAGCGUGGAUUUGAAUGCAAGUUCUGCAACACGAGGAGUAGUAGGCAAUGGAGGCGAGCACCGGGAGUGCCACCGGGAACAUUAAUACCAGCCGACAAAGGCGGGAGUAGCAAAAAGAAACAGGGAGAGGAGAAAUUUCUUAUCAGCGCGCUAUGCCGACGCUGUGCAGAGUUAUGGAGACGUUAUGGUAUCCAAUGGGAGGAUCCCGAUGAAAUACAAAAGAAGGUCAGCGCCGGAGGCGGUAGAGCCUGGAAGCGGAGAAUCGACGAAGAACUCCUCAAGGAGCUCAAUGCAGCCCAAGAGGACGCAAAAGCUGAAGCCGCAGCAAUUGCAGCGAGGACAGCUAGUCCGCAACCCGUUGCCUUCGGAAUUGCACCCAUUCCGGAAACACCAGAAGAAAAGAAAGAACCUCCGCGUAAGAAGCUAAAGGUUGAGACAAACGGUACCAAUAAGAAGGGUAAAGAAAAGGAAAAGGUAGAAAAGCCUAAGGAGCCGCCCCCACCGCCGCCGGAGCCGCCCAAACCGAAGCUUUUGCCAUGUGCAGUAUGUGGAGACCUCGAGCCACUCGGAAAUGCACAUCUCAACUACGAAUGUGUUUUGUGCCCCUGCCAUGGCAUCCCGGAACCGGAGGAGGUUAUUGAUCAAAAAAAAGAAGAGCCACAGCUUAAAACCUCUGAUAAGAAGAAAGGGAAGACUGGGAACGAAAAAGAGAAAGAAAAGGAGAAGGAGAAACAGGUCGUUAUUACUAGUAAUCAUCAUGAGGAUGGCCGGAAGACUAAAGAGGCAGAUAAACGUCGUCCUCAACAUCCUAGAGAACCACUGAAAAAGACUUCCGGGAAUAAUUGGGCACAUGUCAUCUGUGCGGUUUGGACGCCAGAAGUUAAAUUUUCGGAUGCAAAGUCAAUGAAGACAGUUGAAGGGGUCGGGACGAUUCCGGCAGCGAAAUGGACCCAGACAUGUAGGGUUUGCAAGGGUAAAGACAACGGGGCCUGCGUUGGAUGCCAAGUCUGCUACGCUAGUGUACACGUUGGAUGUGCACAUAAAGCUGGAUGGCAUAUGGGAUUCGACAUUCAACCAGUCAAGAGCUCUAGGAGGGACAUGAAAGAGAUUGUCAAGUUGGGGAGUGAAACAGGUGCUAUGACUGCUGCUGUAUGGUGUCCAGAGCAUGAUGUCAAGUCUACCAUUCAUCCAAUUGGUGAAUUCGUAGAGGAGGCUGGGCAGAAUGCUCUUCAGCUCUAUGUUACCACUUAUAAACAGGCUGAUUUGGGGCUCACUGGAACCGUUAGAAAAGCCAAUCUCAUGACAAUCUCGACCAAGGCGUCUCAAUCCCACCGAAGAAACAGUGCCGGGGGUUCUUCCGCUGCGGGUAUAAGUGGCAAAGAGAUCACUUGUUCGCCCACCACUGUUUAUAUCAAAACCGAGGGUCUGGAGGAUAAGAUUGGCGGAAUAGAAGGUCUCCUCAACGAUCACGUGGGCGGAGAUGGACCCAAAAGGUGUUUCAAUUGCCAAACUGAUAUCAGUCCGUUAUGGUGGAAAAUGCCAGUUCCACACCCCAAAGAGAAUGGCAUUGCACACUUGACGAACGGAAGCGCUUCCCCGGCAACUAACGGAGUUUUGAUCAACGGUGAUGCUACUGCGCACGACAAUACUCACCCAGUCCCCCAUUCUCGUUCUCACGCUGUGGGGCUUCUGUGCAAUCGAUGCCAUUGCAAGGUGUCAAGGCCUGAAUCAGAACGUCAAUCUCCGUUUGUAGGGAUGAAUGGUCAACAGGAACCAAGCAGGUACACGCCUUUACCUCCUCUACAUGUAUUUUUGGCCGCACAGCAACCGGCGCCGCCUCCCCCCCCUCCGCCGCAGCCUAUCCCUCCUGUUAGUGCUAUACCAAGCCCUAUACAUCCUUCCCAUAUGCAGUCGGGGAUGCCUUCUCAGAUCGGACAGCCACAAAUGGCUCAGAUGCCACCGAUCCCACAACAGAUUCCUCACCCGGGCCCCCAAUCCCAUCCUUUGUCACACCAUUCAAUACCCCACCAGUCUCCUCAUCCCCACCCCCAUAUGUCGCCGCUUCAACCACCGCCGCACAUAUCGCCGCACUUGGCACAGAGUCACAUUUCUGUGCUGCAGCACCAUGCUGCCCCACCCCCGCCUCCCAACCAUGUCUCCCCACAUAUUCAACAUAUGUCGCCCCACCAACCACAUGUUUCUCCCCGGCAGCCACAACAUGUAUCACCGCACCAACCGCAUGUGACCCCCCAUCAAGCCCAUGUGACCCCUCAUCAGGCACACCAACCGCUCCAGCCACAACAUGUUCCGCAUGUUCCAAAUCACCAACCCUCCUUGAUGUCUCCACGGAAUCCUCUACCCCAGCAGAUGCCCUUACAGCAUAUGGUAACACAUGCGCCACAUGUAUCGCCUCAUUUGGGCCGUACGAAUGCGGUCACUGUCACCAUGCAACCGGUACCAAUGAUGCAGCAGCAGCACCAGCAACACCAGCAACACCAGCAGCAGCAACAACACCAGCAACACCAGCAACAUCAACACCAGCAGCAGCAGCAACAGCAGCAGCAGCAACACCCACCGCACCAACAGCAGCAUCAGCAUCAGCAGCACCAACAGCAGCAAGGGUUACCGCCGGUAAUAUCUCAGGGGAGACCACAGGAACCUCCUCCCCAACCACAUCCACCCCAGAGAGUCAUGUCGGGGGCUUCAGGAAGCCCAGCAUUGGCAAAUCUCUUGCAUUAA